CGCGCCAAACCUGGGGCCAUGCCGCUGGAUCACCGGCGUGUGCCGGGCCCGGAAGAGUCCCAGUCGCCGCUGCUGUUCGUGCCCGCCGACCCGAAGGCGGGCGAGGCGGGCGAAGGCAGCCGGGACCCGUCGGCGCUGCAGCCGCUCUUCGCCCGCGUGGGGCUGCUGAGCCAAGCCAAAGGCUCGGCCUACGUGGAGCUGGACGGAGGGACCAAGGUGCUUUGCUCCGUCGCCGGGCCGCGCGAAGCCGGUGGCGGCGGCGGCGGCGGCGGGAUCGGCGCUCCCCCGGCCGAGCAGCGGGGCCGGCUGGUGUGCGAGUUCCGCCGGGCGCCUUUCUCCGGCCGCGGCGCCCGCAGCCGGCCGGGCGAGAAGGAACCCGAGUUGGCUUUGGCGCUGCAGGAAGCGCUGGAACCGGCCGUGCGCCUGGCGCGCUACCCGCGGGCGCAGCUGGAGGUGAGCGCGCUGCUCCUGCAAGACGGCGGCUCUGCCUUGGCCGCCGCCCUGUGCGCCGCCGGGCUGGCGCUGGCCGACGCCGGCAUCGAGCUCUACGACCUGGUGGCGGCUUGCGCGCUCAGCCGGGCGGCCGGCCCGUCGUCGGGGGGCGAGUGGCGGCUGCAACCCACCGAGCCCGAGGAGCGCGCCGCCGCCGCCCGUCUCACCGUGGCGCUCCUGCCUUCCCUCAACCAAGUGGCCGGCCUGCUGGGCAGCGGCGACGGCGGGCAGGCCGACAGCUGGGCUCAAGCGCUCCGCCUGGGGCUCGACGGCUGCCAGCGCCUUUACCCGGUGCUGCGCCAGAGCCUCUUGCGCGCCGCCAAGCGCCGGGCGCCCGAUCCACAGGAGCCCGCGGAGAUGGACACGGAGGAGCCUCCUCCUCCCGCGGGGACGGCCUGAAAAUCGUCCUCGGGGUUUGUUUGGGUUUUUCCCCCACGCGUGGCGGCGUUUUGCUCAGGAUCGGGACAGCCGGGGGACCAGGGCGCACGUCGGGACCUCGAUGUAGGAAAGCACCUGAAGGAUAGACGGAUGCGGAGCGAGACACCUGCCUGAUCCCCAAAUAGGACUUAAAUUUGGACACUGCCCCCCCCACCCCCGCUUUGGGGUAACUUUACUGCAACCCCCUCCCAAGAAGUUGUGACUUUUUGACUCCCAAGUUUGCACCGUUGUCUUUUUUUUUGUGUGUGUGUGUGUGUAACUCAAAAAACUCUUCUUGAACCCACAACUGCUGCCCUAUUUUAGUGUAGAACUUUGUUGGUCCUGCGGAGGCGGCCUCUGACCUGUUUGUUAAUGUGGGCCCUUUGGAUGAAGACUUGGUUUCACAGGAGUUUCUUGCAAAGUUAGGUUAGGUUGAAGUGAUGGCUGAGUUUUCACCAGAAACCACUAUCCGCCUGUCUGUCUGUCUGUCUGUCUACCUACCUACCUUAUCUAUCUAUCUAUCUAUCUAUCUAUCUAUCUAUCUAUCU